AAACCUUUGUAUCACACAUCUUGCAUACUUUACGAAAAACUCAAAAACACCCCCUCAGUUAUUUGCAUUUUGCAUUUUGCUUCUUGAUCGUUGCCUGCAUUGCAUAUCCUCCUCAACACCUCUCUAAUUCCGCUCCUCAUCACUCCUUUUUCGGAAUGGCGACAGUGGACGUUUGCACGCCUAUCAAAGGCCGUCAAUUCUCCAUCCGUACUGCUGGCAGUCGGAUGCCGCUGACCCCUUCCCCAAAGGCCCGCAAUUCAAACAUCACCGUCUCCAAAACCCCAGAGUCAAUUCACACCACCCCCACCUUUGCCCAUGCUAUCUCCAAGUCAACGAUACGGAAGUCUGCCAAGUCGAACAUUGCAAAGGACUCCCCUCGAAGACUUGAUCUCGGUCUAUCCGAAUGGGCUCUGACGGGUACUGGUACAUCACCAUCAAAAGCUCGACCAACAAGUAGCCGCAUCCGACCGAAAUCCACAGUUCGGGUUCCCUUCAAUGCCGUUGACCGAUUCAUCCCAAACCGGACAGCAAGCGAAGAGAGCUGCAAGAUGGGCAUCAACAAGCUGGACCGACCGAAGUCAAGCUCAAGUUCGGCGUCGGCGGGUUCAUCAGUGCUGGCUUCCUCGGCAGCGGAUGCAUUCACUCUUGGAGGCCAUGGAUCAUCAGACGACUUGACUCUAUCCCUUGACGGACUGAAUUUGAACGACCGAGACGAUGACGGAAAUGAGCGGAAGUCCUACACAAAGCCCGCGCGGGACACGGCCGCUUACGAAUCGACACUUGCAUCUGCAUGUGGCAUUAAUACUAAUACUCGCAUUCUAGCAUUCAAGCCGGCUCCACCAGAGUCAUCCAAACCGAUCGACCUGCGGUCACAGUACAACCGACCUCUCAAGCCAGCCAAUUCGAUCAAUGGGCAGCUUCGACGACGCAUCCUUACUUCUCCUGAACGAGUCCUGGAUGCUCCGAGCAUCGUCGAUGACUAUUAUCUCAACCUUCUGGAUUGGUCUUGCAAUAACCAGGUUGCGAUCGGCUUGGGUCAAUCUGUCUACAUCUGGUCAGCCGAGAGCGGAGGGGUGAAUAUGCUUCUUGAGUCGACUCCUGACACAUACGUCUCGAGCCUCAAGUGGAGCGGUGAUGGAGCCUACGUCAGCGUCGGGCUUGGUACCGGCGAAGUUCAGAUUUGGGAUGUGGAAGAGCAGACCAAACUCCGAAGCAUGUACGGGCACGAGUCUCGGGUCAGUGUUCAAGCAUGGUCCAAGCACGUUCUCUCAACCGGUGCUCGCAACGGCUGGCUCUUCAAUCACGACGUUCGCAUCGCCCAGCACAAGAUCGCCGACCUCGAGUCCCACACCGGCGAAGUUUGCGGCCUUGACUGGCGCGCCGACGGCGCCCAACUCGCGUCGGGCGGCAACGACAACCUCGUCUCCAUCUGGGACGCCCGCAGCCUCGCAGCCCCUAAAUUCUCUAAGACGAACCACAACGCUGCCGUCAAGGCUCUGGCCUGGUGCCCUUGGCAGAACAAUCUUCUGGCAACUGGCGGCGGUAGCCACGAUCGUCAUAUCCAUUUCUGGAACUCUACGACCGGCGCCCGUGUCAACAGCAUCGAUACCGGAAGCCAGGUUACCAGCUUGCGGUGGUCGACCGGGUACAAGGAGAUCGCCUCGACCUCCGGGUUCCCCGACAACUCGAUCAGCGUGUGGUCCUACCCAUCGCUCGUCAAGAACAUCGAGAUCCCCGCCCAUGAAUCUCGCGUCCUUCACAGCUGCUUGAGCCCCGAUGGACAGACGAUGGCGACCGCCGCGGCGGACGAGAGUCUGAAGUUCUGGAAGAUCUUCGAGAAGAAGAGCGGUGGACCGGUGGCGGCGCCGUCGAAGGGCGUGGCAGGUAUGGAGAGGGGUGGCAUGUUGAGGUGAAGUGGUGAAGUAGGGAUAGGGGGUACUAUGGCUCAUUAAUCAUUCUUGUCUUCGAUUGAGAGGUCUCUCGCGUUGGAAACCACAUUAGUCAGAGCGGCUGCCGCAUCCAUCGGGAACGCCCAUGAGGACUACGUAAGAGGACGUCGGUGUAUCGGUUUGAGGAUGUUUGUUCGAGUCACGCAAGGGAGAAGACGCUGUGGAGGCUGAGCUGUGCGAGAUGGGGUGGACGGGCCAUGCAGCCGCGAGGGGAUUAGACGCGGACGACGCUGGGAGAGACCGAAUCAAGACAAGUACAGGUAGGUCAAAUUUCCAUAGUGGUAUCUCGGGGCUCUGGGCUUUGGAGCGAUUAGCUUGGGGUACAUAACAGCGGCAGAAUAGCGAGAUAUCCUUUGAAUAAUUCAUCUCUCUCAACUUU